CCCCAAACCCUAAUUCGUGCCGCAAACAGAGAUGACGACCCGAUUCAAGAAGAACCGCAAGAAGCGCGGCCACGUGAGCGCCGGUCAUGGCCGUAUCGGAAAGCACCGUAAGCACCCCGGCGGCCGGGGAAACGCCGGUGGCAUGCAUCACCACAGGAUCCUGUUCGACAAGUACCAUCCGGGCUUCUUCGGGAAGGUGGGAAUGAGGUACUUCCAUAAGCUUCGCAAUAAAUUCUACUCCCCCAUCGUCAACGUCGAAAAGCUAUGGUCUCUCAUACCCCAAGACGCGAAGGAAAAAGCCCUAAAAUCGAAGGACACUGCCCCUCUAAUCGACGUCACACAGCACGGGUACUUCAAGGUCCUCGGAAAAGGUGUUCUGCCCCAAAAUCAGCCUUUUGUUGUUAAGGCCAAGCUUAUUUCCAAGAUCGCCGAGAAGAAGAUUAAGGAAGCCGGUGGCGCUGUUCUUCUCACCGCUUAGGUUUAAAAACUGUUUUUUAAUUGUGUUGUUUUGUUUCGGAUAACUUUUUUGAUUAUAUAUUGCAAGUGAUACAUUGUGUUUUUUUUUAGUGUUUUUGCUGUUGGAUUUAGGUUGAUUAAAAGGUUUAUGCGAACAGUUUUGACCUAAUAUCCUAAAACCUUGUUUUAAUGAGUUGUGAUAGGAAAUUUAUUGGAAUAAGGGAAACAAAUUUUGGGGAGGA